CUUUUAAAUGACUCGUCGCGGAAAUGGACCGGCGUCGUUUGGACUGGUUCUCGAGUACCUCGUCAGCGCCGGACUCUCCAAGCCGUCACCUCUCGGAACCAAGAGCUCCUGUCGACAGGUCAUUCUUUCAAAUUGGCCGUUCCCUCCAGGUAAAGAUGUCCAACAAAGCCACAAGUGAGGAUGAAAAAUUCCUCUUCGUCGACAAGGACUUGCUGAACAGCCCGAUGGUCCAGGCCGACUGGUCUGCCAAGAAGCUCGUGUGGAUUCCGUCAGAAAAGCAUGGUUUUGAGGCGGCCAGCGUCAAGGAGGAGCACGGCGACGAGGUGCUGGUGGAGCUGGCUGACAACGGCAAAAAGGUGACGGUCAACAAAGAUGACAUCCAGAAGAUGAACCCGCCAAAGUUCAGCAAGGUGGAGGACAUGGCGGAGCUCACCUGCCUGAACGAAGCCUCUGUGUUGCACAACCUGCGGGAGAGGUACUUCUCAGGACUCAUUUAUACAUAUUCUGGCCUGUUCUGCGUGGUGGUCAAUCCUUACAAGAUGCUGCCCAUCUACUCAGAGAAGAUCAUCGACAUGUACAAAGGGAAGAAGCGUCAUGAAGUCCCUCCUCACAUCUACUCCAUAACCGACAACGCCUACAGAAACAUGAUGCAAGAUCGCGAGGACCAGUCCAUCCUUUGCACUGGGGAGUCCGGUGCUGGCAAGACAGAGAACACCAAGAAGGUGAUCCAGUAUCUGGCUGUCGUAGCCUCCUCACACAAAGGCAAAAAAGACAGCAGUGCACAACAAUCAGGAACACAGUUGGCCUAUGGGGAGCUCGAGAAGCAGCUCCUGCAAGCCAACCCCAUUCUGGAGGCCUUCGGAAAUGCCAAAACAAUCAAAAACGACAACUCUUCUCGAUUUGGUAAAUUCAUCCGCAUCAACUUUGACGUCACUGGAUACAUUGUUGGAGCCAACAUUGAGACUUACCUGCUGGAGAAGUCUCGCUGCAUCAGACAAGCCAAGAUAGAAAGAGCCUUUCACAUCUUCUACUACAUGAUUGCUGGCGCCAAGGACAAGCUGCGAGAGGAGCUUCUGCUGGAGCCGUUCUCCAACUAUCGCUUUCUGAGUGCUGGCCAUGUCCAGAUCCCCGGCCAGCAAGACGAUGAGAUGUAUGACGAAACCAUGGAGGCCAUGAAGAUCAUGGGCAUCACAGACGAGGAGAGAAUAGAUAUACUGAAGGUUUGUUCCACAGUCAUGCAAUUGGGCAACAUUGAGUUCAAGAAGGAGAGAAACCAGGAGCAAGCAACCAUGCCAGACAACACAGCUGCACAGAAGGUGUGUCACCUGCAGGGUAUCAAUGUGACGGACUUCACCCGUGCCAUCCUCACUCCUCGAAUCAAAGUGGGCCGAGAAGUGGUGCAGAAGGCUCAGACCAAGGAGCAGGCUGACUUUGCCGUGGAAGCUUUGGCCAAAGCUGUGUUCGAACGACUGUUCCGCUGGAUCCUGGCCCGCGUCAACAAAGCCCUGGACAAGACCAAGCGCCAGGGAGCGUCUUUCUUGGGAAUCCUUGACAUCGCUGGCUUUGAGAUCUUUGAGGACAACUCUUUUGAGCAGCUCUGCAUCAACUACACCAACGAGAAGCUGCAGCAGCUCUUCAACCACACCAUGUUCAUCCUGGAGCAGGAGGAGUAUCAGAGGGAGGGAAUCGAGUGGAACUUCAUCGACUUCGGCCUCGACUUGCAGCCCUGCAUCGAGCUCAUUGAGAGGCCAAACAAUCCUCCCGGUAUUCUUGCUUUGCUGGAUGAAGAAUGCUGGUUCCCCAAAGCCACUGAUGUGUCAUUUGUGGAGAAACUCCUGAACACACAAGGAACUCACUGCAAAUUUGCAAAACCCAAACAGCUCAAAGACAAAACAGAGUUCUCCAUUCUCCAUUAUGCUGGGAAGGUGGACUACAACGCCACCGCCUGGUUGACGAAGAACAUGGACCCUCUGAAUGACAAUGUCACAGCGCUGCUGAGCAAUUCCUCCAGCUCUUUUGUUCAAGAUCUCUGGAAAGACUCUGACAGAGUGGUGGGUCUGGACACGCUAGCCAAGAUGUCCGACAGCUCAAUGCCGAGUAGCUCAAAGACCAAGAAGGGAAUGUUCCGCACAGUGGGGCAGCUCUACAAGGAGUCUCUGGCCAAACUCAUGACCACGCUGCACAACACCCAGCCCAACUUUGUCAGAUGCAUCAUUCCCAACCACGAGAAGAGGGCAGGGAAGCUUGAUGCCCACCUCGUCCUGGAACAGCUGAGGUGUAACGGUGUGUUGGAAGGGAUCAGAAUCUGCCGACAAGGAUUUCCAAAUCGAAUUGUCUUCCAGGAGUUUCGUCAGCGAUAUGAAGUCUUGGCUGCCAAUGCAAUACCCAAAGGAUUUAUGGACGGGAAACAGGCCUGUUGUCUCAUGAUCAAGCACUUGGACCUGGACCCAAACCUCUACCGAAUCGGACAGAGCAAGAUCUUCUUCCGUACAGGAGUCCUGGCACAGCUGGAGGAGGAGAGAGACUUGAAGAUAACAGUCAUCAUCAUCGCUUUCCAGGCUCAGGUCCGAGGAUAUCUGGCCCGAAAGGCGUUCAGUAAGAGACAGCAGCAACUUACUGCCAUGAAAGUCAUUCAGAGGAACUGUGCAGCCUAUCUCAAACUCAGGAACUGGCAAUGGUGGAGACUCUUCACCAAGGUCAAGCCUCUCCUCCAAGUCACCCGACAAGAAGAAGAGAUGAGCUUGAAGGAGGAGGAGCUGCAGAAGUCCAAAGAAAUCGCAGUGAAGUUUGAAUCGGAACUCAAAGAGAUCACAUUGAAGCACACUGCGGUUUUGGAGGAGAGAAAUGCCCUGCAGGAGCAGCUGCAGGCCGAGACAGAGCUGUAUGCUGAGGCAGAGGAGAUGAGGGUGCGACUGGCAGCUAAGAAGCAAGAGCUGGAAGAAAUUCUACACGAAAUGGAGGCUAGACUUGAUGAGGAGGAGGAACGUGCUCAGUCUCUUUUGGUGGAUAAAAAGAAGAUGCAACAACAGAUGCAGGAAUUGGAGGAGCAUUUGGAGGAAGAGGAGGACGCACGUCAAAAGCUACAGCUGGAAAAAGUAACGUGCGAGGGGAAAAUCAAGAAGCUGGAGGAUGAUGUGCUGGUGAUGGAGGACCAGAACAACAAGCUGCUGAAGGAGAGGAAGCAUAUGGAAGAGAGGAUCGCCGACUACAGCACCAACCUAGCUGAAGAGGAGGAGAAGUCAAAGAAUCUCACCAAGCUCAAGAACAAACAUGAGUCCAUGAUCUCUGAGCUGGAAGUCCGCCUGAAGAAAGAGGAGAAGAGUCGACAGGAGCUGGAUAAGGCGAAGAGGAAGUUAGAGGCCGAGUCCAAUGAUCUUCAGGAGCAGAUAGCAGACUUGCAGGCACAGAUUGCUGACCUCAAAGCCCAGCUGGCCAAGAAGGAGGAGGAGCUACAGAACGCCCUAGCCAGGUUAGAAGACGAGACUGCUCAGAAGAACAACGCUCUAAAGAAGAUCCGGGAGUUGGAGGGACACAUCUCAGACCUACAAGAAGAUCUGGACUCUGAAAGAGCAGCCCGGAAUAAAGCUGAGAAGAUCAAGCGAGACCUUGGAGAAGAGUUGGAGGCUCUCAAAUCUGAGCUGGAGGACACUCUGGACACCACGGCGACCCAACAGGAAUUAAGAGCCAAGCGUGAGCAGGAAGUGACUCUCUUGAAGAGGGCCAUGGAUGAGGAGAACAGAACUCAUGAGGCUCAGGUCCAUGAGAUGAGACAGAAGCACACUCAGGCUGUGGAGGAGCUGACGGAGCAGCUGGAGCAGUCCAAACGAGUGAAGUCAAACCUGGAGAAGGCCAAACAAGCUCUGGAGAAGGAGACGUCAGAAUUAACCAUGGAGGUGCGCUCGCUGGUGCAGGCCAAACAGGAUGGCGAGCACAAAAGGAAGAAGUUGGAAGGACAGGUGAACGACCUGCAGUCCCGCCUCACCGACAGCGACAAGCAGAAGGCUGAGCUGGGAGAGCGCUGCUCCAAGAUCACGGUGGAGCUGGAGAGCGUGACUAACCUACUGAAUGAAGCGGAAGGAAAGAACAUCAAGCUGAGCAAAGAUGUUUCCAGUCUCAGCUCACAGCUGCAGGACACUCAGGAGCUGCUGGCUGAGGAGACGCGUCAGAAGCUCCAGUUCUCCACAAAGCUGAGGCAAGCAGAAGAUGAUAAAAACUGUCUACAAGAGCAGCUCGAGGAGGAGAUGGAGGCCAAGAGAAAUGUGGAAAGACACGUGUCCACCCUGAACAUCCAGCUCUCUGAUGCAAAGAAGAAGCUGGAUGAAAUGUCAGGGAACAUCGAGCUGCUGGAGGAAGGUAAGAAGCGUCUUCAGAGGGAUCUGGAAGCGGCCAACACCCAGUUUGAGGAGAAGGCCUCAGCGUAUGACAAGCUGGAGAAGACCAAAAACCGUCUGCAGCAGGAGCUGGAGGACACUUUGAUGGACCUGGAUAACCAGAGACAGAUCGUCUCAAACCUGGAGAAGAAGCAGAAGAAGUUUGACCAGAUGCUGGCUGAGGAGAAGAGCAUCUCCAGCAAAUAUGCAGAUGAGAGAGACAGAGCAGAAGCUGAGGCCAGAGAGAAGGAGACCAAAGCUCUGUCUCUGGGUCGGGCACUGGAGGAGGCGCAGGAUGCCAGGGAGGAGCUGGAGAGAGCCAACAAGGCUUUGAGGCUGGAGAUGGAAGAUCUGAUCAGCUCCAAAGACGAUGUUGGAAAGAACGUGCACGAGCUGGAGAAGUCCAAGCGAGGCCUGGAGGCUCAGGUGGAUGAGAUGAAAACGCAGCUGGAGGAGCUGGAGGAUGAGUUGCAGGCGGCCGAAGAUGCCAAGCUGCGUCUGGAGGUCAACAUGCAGGCUCUGAAGGCCCAGUUCGAGAGAGACCUGCAGGGGCGGGACGAGAUGGGAGAGGAGAAGAAGAGGCAGCUCAUCAAACAGGUGCGGGAGUUGGAGACGGAGUUGGAGGACGAACGGAAGCAGAGGACAGUUGCUACAGCGGCCAAGAAGAAGCUGGAAGGAGACAUGAAAGACCUGGAGGGGCAGAUUGAUACGGCCAAUAAGGGACGAGAUGAGGCCAUUAAGCAGCUCCGCAAGCUGCAGGCUCAAAUGAAGGACUUCCAGAGGGAGCUGGAGGACGCACGAGCUGCGCGAGAGGAGGUGCUGACCACUGCCAAGGAGAGUGAGAGGAAAGCCAAGAGUCUGGAGGCCGAGCUCAUGCAGCUGCAGGAGGAUCUGGCAGCAGCUGAGAGAGCUCGGAAACAAGCGGAGGCGGAACGAGAUGAGCUUUCAGACGAGCUGGCCAGCAACUCAUCUGGAAAGUCGGCUCUGGCCGAUGAGAAGCGCCGCCUGGAAGCCAAGAUCUCGCAGCUGGAGGAAGAGCUGGAGGAGGAGCAGGGCAACAUGGAGCUCAUCAACGACAGGCUGAGGAAGAGCACGCAGCAGGUGGAUCAGCUGACCAACGAGCUGCAGACGGAGCGCACCACUGCGCAGAAGAACGAGAGCGCCCGGCAGCAGAUGGAGCGCCAGAACAAAGAGCUGAAGGCCAAACUCCAGGAGAUGGAGAACCAGGUCAAGUCCAAGUUCAAGUCCUCCAUCUCUGCCCUGGAGGCUAAAGUGGCUCAGCUGGAGGAGCAGCUGGAGCAGGAGAAUCGGGAUAAGCAGACGUCCGCAAAGAACUUGCGCCAGAAAGACAAGAAACUGAAGGACCUGAUGAUGCAGGUGGAAGACGAGAGGAAGCAGUCGGAGCAGUACAAAGAUCAGGCGGAGAAGGCAAAUACUCGCAUGAAGCAGCUGAAGCGGCAGCUGGAGGAGUCAGAGGAGGAGUCUCAGCGUGCCACAGCUGCACGCAGGAAGCUGCAGCGAGAGCUGGACGAAGCCACCGAGGCCAACGACGCCAUGAGUCGAGAAGUCAACUCCCUGAAGAGUAAACUCAGGCGUGGAAACGAGUCCUCCUUCGCCAGCACACCUCGGCGAACAGGCGGCGGCCGAAGAGUGGUCGAGGAUGCCUCGGAGGAGGAGGGCGACUCCCAAAACGACUUCAACGGAACCAGGUCUAUGGAUUAGCAGCCCAAGACAACGCCAUCACCAGACAUCAUUUUGACCGAUCGGUUUUCUGCGAGCACUUUCCUUGACACAAAGCGAUAACAGAGGCUCUGCUGUUUUAACACCUCUUUAACACUGUUUUUAACCGCACUGAUGAUUUUGUUAAACAAGGGUUGCUCUAUAAAAGGUGCCUCUAAUUAACCAGCCUGCGAAGCCUCCACACAUCUGUUGGAGUGUCGACGUCCCCCUUGUCGCCUGUGACUGCUGUCCAUGUUUCACAGCAGCACUGAGCCAGAUUAUUAUCCCGUAACCAUCUGUCCGUCAGUGCUGCCUCAGUUAUCCAACUCAUCACCAACUAUUAAACUACUGCCACCUUUGUUCAUGUACAAAUAUUUAGAGACACUUCAACCUGCUAGCUUGUUGGCGACACAUUUGUCCAGCUGAGAACCCCCCCCCAAAAAAAAAACAAAACAAAAAAAGUUUGUCCAUGUGUCACUUCUUGUAUACGAUGUUGAAACACCUGCACACCGAAUAAAAAAAAUUCAAAAAUAAAAAAGCGACAAAUCAUUUUCACCGUUUAAUGUUUCCAUAUCUUGGUCAGUAAGAUCAGUCAACAGAAACUGUUAAUGAUUCAGUGUCUCAGGCACGUUUACAGUCCAGGCGUCACAGUGUUUACGCAUUAAAUACACAUUAGCUCAAGGUAAGGAGAGCAGAAACCAUGAGUUUGUUAGACUUCAGCUGCUUAAAGAUACUUGGAUUUAACCUUGCUGGAUGGCAUACCACUCGAUAACUGCUACAUUUCUCUGCUCUCGCUAUUCAACUACACGGCAGGAGAUACUGAUGUUAGCUACACGACGAUUUACACAGCAGCUUUUUCGACAUAGCGUUGAUUCGGCUUUACACCACCGAGUCACAGGAUGUGACGGAUUUAUCAAGUAUUCCCUUUCCAAAGUCAAGGACAGAGGGGAGUGAGG